AUGAGGAGGCACAUAGAUAAUAACAAGGGGCCCGUGGAGCCCCCGGCUCCCAAAAUUACAAGAUCGGAUGUUUUCCCAACCUCUAAAGAGUUCGCUUUAAAGCUGUGUUUAAGAUCUAUAUCAAGAUCUACGGAGCAAAAGGAUUUAUAUGAAGCUCACAGAUUUCUAAUGGAAUAUCUCAGGCGACCAGACUACGCUGAUUUAAUUAAUAAUUAUAUUGAACUAACAGAUUUAAGCGAAAAGGAUUUACGAAAGAGAUUACGCCAAUCGAUUGUGUGUUUUUAUUUUUAUAAUGAUAGUCUUGAACAGGCUAUCGAUAUCCCAGUUACUAAUAUGUAUUUUAUCUCGCAAAUAGUUGUAUUUAUUGAUAUGAAAGCUUUGGAGUGGCAAACGUUCAAAAGUCGUAAAAAUAGAGCUAAUGAGGAAAUGCGAAAAUUUACAAAUAGAUCAGCAUCAACAGUCCUAUCGUUGUUGAAAUUAAUAUUUAAUGAAGACAUAUUUCAGAUAUUGCCUAUAUUUUUAAGAUGUAGAUGUCUUACCUAUGAAUUCAAAGAAUUUUUUGACACUAUAUUUAGGAAGCUGCUGGAGCAAAGAAAAUUUAAAGUAACGACACAAAAGAACUUCAUAUGUUUGGUGUUAAUUUAUAAACUAUGGAAGACAUUAUUCCUUUAUGGCUCUGAAGAAUAUACUUUUGUACAAAAGUUGUCCCUUACAAACAUACUGAUUCAUCCAAAUCUUAUGGAGAACAGUGAUGAUGUGAUUGUUAAAGUGUUCAAAGUAGAGAAAACAGAUGUUGAGCUCAAAGAGCUUACACUGUUUUACAUGAGGCAGCCGAUAGAUUUAGUGGCUGCUUGUCUCGACUAUUUUAAGUUUGCGUGUGCUGAAAGUGAUUUUGACGAGUAUUUACAGCAUACAAAUGCCCCAUUUAUACAAAUAGAUGAAGCAACCAGUGAAGCGAGUUCCUGGCCUGACAAACAACCUAAAAUCGAGCCAGGCACUGAUGAUGCCACAAAAAAUAAAAAUAAAAGUAGAAAGAACAAGCUAUCGAGUUUCGGAAGAGAUAGUUCCUGUGAUGAGAAUUCAGAUGAUGACGACGUAAUUCUACUCAGCGACGAUGAGAAAAAAUAUGAUCCACAAAGUGUUUCAUCUAAGUUAUAUAAUGUGAAUAAUUCUUCAAAUUGGAGAAAUUCAGUGUUCCUUAAUAUUCCCAACAGAGGAGAAAGUCACCGUAAUGUAGACAGAAAUAAAUCUUGUGUAGAUAACUCAGAUGAUGAUGAUGUGAUCUUACUCAGCGACGAAAACAAUGAUGCAGACAGAAAGUUUGAUUCGAAACGACCAUUGUCCAACAUAGAUUACUUAAAAAAUGCGUCGACGUUAAGAAAAUUUCUUGAGGCUUCUGUUAGAAAUGAAAGUAAACGAAUCAUAAACAACUCUGAAUAUGACACAAUAUGCUUGACUGAUAGUGACGAUGACAGUACAAAACCAUCUAGGCCUUUAAUUAGACCUGUAGCUAUAAGCAAAUUACAACGUAAGCCAGAAAUUGUGACAUCUACACCUAUCAGGAAUGGACUUGUCAGUAAUCGUGCAAGAAAAAAUACCAUUCGAAAACAAUUUGAACCUUUACCUAGACUUCCAGAUUCAUAUUUAGAAGGCAUUGCUGUCUUGACAGAAAAGAAGCCAAAAGUGCAGAACGAUGUUAGUGAUGUUAGAUCGAAGCUACCAAUAUUUCCAAAACUGUCUUGCAUAGCUAACAUUGAAGAUAAUCUAGCACAACGUGUUUAUAAUACAAAUAGAAGGAAAGUACAAGUAAAUGAUAAAGAUUCAUUAGCAAAAAUAUCUAAUAGGAACAAAGAAGCAAACAAAAAUGACUUCUUUGGCAAGUUAUAUAACCGGUUUAAAGAAACUUCUAGUGUGGAUGUAAGCAGUAGCAAAUUAUUGAGCACUUCUAGUUUAGAUACAAGGACAGACUUAUCUAAACCCUCACAAUCAGAUGAAAAGGCUGUAGUCUUUUCAACUGUGAUAAGAAAUGAUGUUACACAUGAUUUUAAGAACAGUUGCUUAGACGAAAGAAUUGAAAACGUUAGUUCUUCAACAUCUACCAUAAUGGAAUCUAGUAACAUGCUGCCAGAACUGAAAAAACUUGAGGAUCCAAUAAAUCAAAAGAAUACUGAUCCAUGUGCAAGAUUAAAAUAUGACAUUGGUUGUGAUAAAUGUUCGAAACAAUUAAGUGAACCCAAUACUGAUCAUUUAACGCCAAUAAUUAAUAAAGAUGCCAGUGUAUCAAGAAGGGAUUUUUCUGUUCAACUUCGAGAAACUGAAACAAAUGAUAACCAAUUUUGUACGGCUUUUGAUAAAUCAAUUCUACCUCAAGAAAUAAGUGAAGUAGAAGUUGCUUCUCCUUUACUAAAAACUGGUUGUGAUAAAUCACUAGAGUAUGUUUUAACUUUGGAAAAAUCAUCUACUGGUGAUGUUUUGUGUACUAAUUUUACAAAAUCUGGUGAUAAAAUUGGGGAAUCUAAUGAAAUUGAAGAAAGUGUAUCAAAACGUGGUGUUGAAGAUUCUUCUACAUCUGCUCCUACCAAAACUUCAGCAAAAUCUGAAAUUAAUAUCAGCACAGAUUUGGAAGUAUUACCAGGAGAUUCAAGCAUUAAUGAACCUUCAAGCCAAUAUCCUGAGAUAUCAAAUAAUGAUUCAAUCAUUUCAACAGAUGAUUUAUGUAUAAAUGAACAAAAGAAUGAACAAUUCAAUAAAAAUUUAAGAACUUCACAAAUUGAUAGUGAAUCAUUGCAAAUUAAAUUAUCAGAUGAAACAUCCCAAGUUGAGAAAAAUAUAGAAAAAGUAUUAGAAUCUUCACAAAAUUGUAGUAAGAAUAAAAAUGUAUCAACCUCAAAGGAAGAUACAUUAGAAGAUAAAAUUUCUGAACCUAUUGUUAAUAUUGAAGUUAUUGAUCAUCUUUCACAAGAAACAUCAAAUGAUGAUAAAGAUCAAGAUAAGUUAUUAGAAUCUUCUCAAAAUCAGGAUAUAUUGGAAGAUGAAAUUCCUAAAUCUAUUGUUGAUAUUGAAGUUACUGAUCAUAUUUUACAAGAAAAUUUAUCACAAGAAACUUUAUCAUCAUGUGACGAUAAAGUGACUGAAAAAAAGUUUUUGCAAUCUUCUCAAAAUUCCACUGAAUCAACAAAUUUAUUGAAAGAUUCUUCAAAUCAAGAUGAGAUUUCUAAACCAAUUGUUGAAAUUGAAGUUCCUGAUAUUCUUUCACAGGAAACAUCAUGUGGUGAUGAAGAUAAAGAAAAGUCAUUAGAAUCUUCUCAAAUUUGCAAUAAACAAAUAUCAACUUUGUUGAAAAAUUCUUCCAAUCAAGAUAUAUUGGAUGAUGAAUUUCCGGAACUUAUUGUUGAAAUUGAAGUUACUGAUCAUAUUUUACAAGGAACAUCAUGUGACGAUAAUGUUGAAGAAAAGUUUCUGCAAUCAUCUCAAAAUUUCACUGAAUCAACAAAUUUAUUAGAAGAUUCUUCAAAGAAAGAUAAAUUGAAUGAUGAGAUUUCUAAACCAAUUGUUGAAUUUGAAGUUACUGAUCAUCUUUCACAGGAAACAUCAUGUGAUGAUAAAGAUAAAGAAAAGCUAUUAGAAUUUUCUGAAAAUUGUGAUAAUCAAAUAUCCACCGCCUUAAUUAAAGAUUCUUCAAAUCAAGAUAUAUUGGAAGAUGAAAUUCCAGAACUUAUUGUUGAAAUUGAAGUUACUGAUCAUAUUUUACAAGAAAAUUCAUCGCAAGGAACAUCAUGUGAUGAUAAAGAUAAAGAAAAGCUAUUACAAUCUUCUGAAAAUUGUGAUAAUCAAAUAUUGACCGCCAUAAUUAAAGAUUCUUCAAAUCAAGAUCAAUUGGAAGAUACAAUUCCAGAAGCUAUUGAAAUUACUCAUCAUCUUUCACAAGAAAAUUUAUCAGAAAAAAUAUCACCUGAUACAGAUAAAGAAAAGCUUUCAGAAUCUUCUGAAAGUUGCAAUAAUCAAAUAUCAAUGCCCUUAAUUCAAGAUUCUUCAAAUCAAAAUAAAUUGGAAGAUAAAAUUCCAGAACCUAUUGUUGAUAUUGAAAUUCCUCAUUAUCUUUCACAAGAAAAUUUAUCAGAAGAAAUAUCAUGUGAUGAUAAAGAUAAAGAAAAGCUUUCAGAAUCUUCUGAAAGUUGCAAUAAUCAAAUAUCGACUGCCUUAAUUAAAGAUUCUUCAAAUCAAGAUAAAUUAGAAGAUAAAAUUCCAGAAUCUAUUGUUGAUAUUGAAAUUACUCAUAAUCUUUCACAAGAAACAUCAUGUGAUGAUAAACAUAAAGAAAAGCCAUUAGAAUUUUCUGAAAAUUGUGAUAAUCGAAUAUUGACUGCCUUAAUUAAAGAUUCUUCAAAUCAAGAUAAAGUGGAAGACAAAAUUCCAGAAGCUAUUGUUGAUAUUGAAAUUACUCAUCAUCUUUCACAAGAAAAUUUAUUACAAGAAACAUCAUGUGAUGAUAAAAUGCAUGAAGAUAAAGAAAAGCCAUUAGAAUUUGCUGAAAAUUGUGAUAAUCAAAUAUCGACCACCUUAAUUGAAGAUUCUUCAAAUCAAGAUCAAUUGGAAGAUAAAAUUACAGAAGCUAUUGUUGAUAUUGAAAUUACUCAUCAUCUUUCACAAGAAAAUUUAUUACAAGAAACAUCAUGUGAUGAUAAAUUGCAUAAAGAUAAAGAAAAGCCAUUAGAAUUUUCUGAAAAUUGUGAGAAUCAAAUAUCAACCACCUUAAUUGAAGAUUCUUCAGAUCAAGAUAAAUUGAAUGAUGAAAUUUCUAAAGCAAUUGUUGACAUUGAAGUUACUGAUAAUCUUUCACAAGAAAUUUUAUGUGACGAUAAAAAUAAAGAAAAUCUAUUAGAAUCUUCUCAAGUGAAAGAUGAAAUUUCAGAACCGAUUGUUGAUAUUGAAGUUACAUCUAUUGCUGCAAUAAGUACCAAAACUGUACCCGAGGAAGUGAAUAAAACUGAUUGCAAUGAUUAUUUACUAAAAGUUGAAAAUGAUAAAAGUGUCCUAAUAGACCCUAAAGAUAAAGAUUGUUCCAAAUCUCACACUGAGAGUACAGUUGAGCAGGAAACUACUGAAAUAAUCCCGAAAGUGAAAUUAGAAAACUUAGUGCCAGAUAUAGUACCAGACCAUGUUUCUGAUACAAAGGUUGACAAGAUCACAGAUGAAACAUUGGUAGAAACAAUUAAAGAAUCAAACAUUGAACAGAAGAAUGUUGAAAAAGAAUGUUUGGAAGAAUCUUCUAGCGAUGGAAUUUCGAAAAUUAUUGAAGCAUGUAGCAAAAUUGAGGAAGAAAAAGGUGAAACAUUUACUGAUUCCACAAGUAACACAGUUCCACAAAUAUCUCAUGAUAUAGACUCAUCUAAGCAAGAUAUUGCAGAUGUGAUUGAUAAUUCAAAACUGAUUGAAGAUAAAUCUUCAUUGGAAGCAGAAAAUUUGUCUCCUAUUGAUGAAUCUGCAAUAUUAGUAUCAUAUGAAUUGGAAAGUGAAAAUAAUAAUGAAGUUAAAGAAGCUGAGAAACAAUCAACUCCUCCUGUUGAUCAAGAAUUGAAUAAACAAGACGAUCAGACAACUUCAAAUUCAAUUGAUACAGGCGAAAUCAAUGAUAAUGAAAAUACCUCAGAAAAUUUUGAUUUGGUAUCUGGGAAAAUGAAUGCACUAAUAGCUUGUCCACCUGCUCUUGAUAACGAAAAAUCAUCUGAAAUUUCUGAUGGUUCUCUAAUAAAUCAAGAACGAGAAAAUAUUCCUGAAAGAGAUGGUAAAAAUUCUGUUGAUUCUAAGUCAUUACAACAAGUGGAAACUGUUAAAAUGGCACAAGAACAAUGUGAAAACAAAUCAAUUUUUGAUUCAAGUUUAAACGAAUCGCAGGAAAAACCAUUUAAAGGCAAUUCUGAUCCUAGUAAGAAAGAGGAAAAUUCAUUAAAGAUAGAAGCGGUUGAUGCAAAGUCUGCUGUUUUAAGCAUACCUCAAGUAAAGAACAAAACUAAACCUAUUAGAAAAGCUCCAAAACAAAGAAGAAGAAAACAAAAGGGAUGUUUUAAAGGAAAGAGAAGAAAACAAAUCAGGAAUAAGAACUUGGCAGGUGCAGCUAAAAAUGUUGACAGUACUACUGAUAAUAUAUGUGCAGAUAAUGAUAUUUCAAAUAAUCGAGCUAAUGUAGAGAUCAUAGCAGAAAACUCCAACAAACCUGUAAUAGACGCCAUCAGUCCAAAUUCAGAACCAAAAAAGAAUUUAUUACAAGACAUCCAAAAGGAAAAUAUUUCUACUGAGGACAAUAUUACAAAUAUAGCUGAUAUUGCUUUGGCUUCAUGUGAGAAAGACCAAAAUAUUAUUGAUGAGGUGUCUCUAAAAUCUGAAUUAAUUGAAAGCAAUAAAAAUAAUGAAAUUGAAGUUAAGACCGAAACAGAUAAUGAACAUUGUAAUACCCAGGAAUCUUCAACAGAUCAUCCUUUUAUUUUUAAUUUGGAUAUUAUUGUUGCCCAGCAAGUUGAAGUGUCGUCACAAUCGUCAAGUGAUGAGAAACAAGUACAAUCAUUUCAAGAAGAUCCUAGUUGUGGAAAUGAUUCACUUAACUUGGAAAAGGAUGAAAGUACUAUUGUAGAAAAAAUUGAAGAAGAUAAAUCUCAACAGCAUGUUCAGGAAAAAUUACCAGAUCCUGAGCCAUAUGUUGAUGAAAAUGUAGAAAAGUCUACAAAUAAAUUGGUAAAUGACAUGGAAUUUAAUAAAGUGAUGGACUUUGUUAAAUUAAAAACCGAAAAUUUAGAUAGAAAAGUUAUUAAAAACAUUGCAAUUGAUACUGUCAACAAGAACCAAACAAAUAUUUUUAAAAAUGCUACUAACUUGAUGAUAAAAUCUGUAGAAAAGGUCAUGAAGAAUAUCAAAAAGAAGUCACGCAAAACUGGAACUUUGAAGAAGUUUGAAACUUCUGAAAGUCUCAAUGACAAUCCACUAUUUAUCGAAGAUACAGAUACUUUAAUUGGUGCUGAAGAAGUGUGUAUUACUCAAGAUCCGAAACGUGAACAAUUGCCAGAAAUAUCAUCAUUGGACAAUCUGCCGAAAGCGGAGAACGAACAUCAAAAUUAUAAUGACAUUGAAUCACCAGUUGAAAUUGCUCGCAAAACGUUACUUGAGAAAAUUAAAAUUGUACAAGAAUCGUGCAAAAAGGAAUCUAAAAUAGUAAGAGAAAAUAGUAAUUCAAAUCAAAAAGACUUUGAGACACCAUUCAACAAACCAGUCAAGAAAGUUACUAAAAAAAAUAAAAAAAUAAGCUUGGACGUAACAAAUAGUGAAUCAAAAUUGAAAGAAACUACAAAUAUGAGGGUUACGAGAAAUUCAAGGUUGAGAGACACAAAAAAAUUGGAGGACUGCACAGAAAAUCUUCCGUCUGUAGUAGAAUUAGAUGCAGCAGCUAAUAUUGAAUCACCCAAAAAUGAUGUCCAUCAAAUUGAUGCAUUAUCAUUGGCUGCAAUUAGAAAAAGUCGGAGAUCUGCAGAUGAAAUUUCAAAAAUUGACUUAGAUUCAAAUAAUAUAAAACAUGAAAUACCUGCAGUAAUAAGAAAAACUAGAAAAUCUGCAGAUGAAAUCAAGAUGGAUAGUCCUGUUAGUACUAGAAAAAAUGUAAGAACUAGGAAGAGUUUUGAUGUUAUAAAUACAGAUAGCUCAAUAUCUGAAUCUGAUCGAAUGAUUCAAACUAGAUCGAAUAAAACUGUAAUAAGUCCAUUAAAUAAGGCCAUUUCAUUUGGGCGUGUUAAUUCAGGUGAUAGUACAGAAUUAUUAAGCCCAAAAAUGGAAACACCAAAACGAUCAAAGAAGAAGGAGGCUAAUGUAAAAGCACAAAUAUCACCUAAUGAAUUCGAUAUUGAUGAUUAUCCUUUAUCUGAAUUGAAAAGUAUCAUUAGGAAAAAUGAUGCUGGCUCAAAAAGCUUUUCAUAUGUGGAACAACCAAAGGAAGAUAUCCCGAAAAGCCCACUUUCUUCUGAAACCAAAUUGGAGUUAUUCAAAUAUGUGCAAUUGACGCCAAAAUCCGAUAUUAUAUCAUGUGAUGAUUAUGAUCCACUUAGAUUUUUCUCACAAGUUGCAUCAAAUGUUGAUGAAUGUCGUAGAAUGGUGGAGAAAGGUAAUAACAGUACAAAGGAACACAUUAAAUCUCCAGUUCCCAUUGAUAAUAAUACUGAAUUAAAUAAGAAGUCCAAUGAUUAUCUGACAACACCAGUCAAAAAGCGGGGAGUUACUAAUUCGAGAGUCAACAAGAAAGAAAAGCAAGUUAAAAAACCUUCGUCUGAAGAAGCAACAAAACAAUUGUUAGCUCACGCGACAGAAUUGUGCAGUAAGACGAGGAAGACAAUUCAAAACACUCCUGCUCAAAAUGUAUUGAAUAAUUCAAAUUUAAACAUGCAUAUUCAAAAUGAAACUCCUGAUAUAAAAAUUGAGACAAGUGUUGCAAAUGUAGACAAAAGAACAAUUGUGGAGCAUUCCAAAAAAGGGAAAAGAAAUAGAAGUAAAGCCAUAUCUCCUUCUAGAGCGGAUAAAACGUUGAGCACGGUUUCAAAUAUUGAAUCCACAAGUUCUGAAAUAAUUGCUGAGAAAUCUUCAGAAUCAAAAGAUGCUCUUAAUGAAGAUAAUAUAAUAAUGCAAAGAAAUAGAAACAAGAACACACCAAGCCUUACUCCAACAGUUAUAAACAAGUGCUUGAAUGAGGAUAUUACUGCAAUUCAAGAAAAAGUGCCAGAUUUAAAAUCUGAUACUACUUCUACAAUAGAACAAGUAGCCAUACGGAUUAUUGAAUUGGAAAAACAAAUCGAGCAGAGUAAAAAGGCAAAGAGAAGCAGAGGCAGGAAUGCAUCUAAUAAUUUAUUAAAUAAUGUAGAAGCAGUGCAAAUUAAUAACAAAGCGCUUGAUGUAAUAGGAAGCAAUACAACCAUAGAUACAGUUCAAAAGGUUGCUGAUGUGCCGGUAGAAUCUAAAAGUCAAUUUGUAGAAGAACCACAGAAGAAACAUAAUGAAUUUACAUUGCCAGAACCAAAAAAUAUUGUAACUAAACAACCAGUUGCUGCAAAAGAUUUAUUGAGCCCGACUGAAAAUAAACCAGCUAGCGCAUCCAAAAAGACCAUGAUUUUGAGAAGGUAUUCAUCAGAAUUUGCUAAAGAAUCCAUUUCAACUUCCCCUACCGUUUCUUCUGUUAGCAAUAAACAAAUUAUUAAACAGAACACUCCUAUUUGUAAACCAGAUCUAGAUGACAUUCCUGGUGGUUCAAUUCCACAAGAGAAUGCGGAGAUUAAAUUAAGAAGUAUUCUCAAAAAGCAAACUGAUAACGUCGAAUUACCAAAGAAAUUUGUUCGCAAACGAUCCUUGGUGACAUUUUAUUGUGAUAGUCUUGAAUCUUCAAAGGGUGAAGUUAAUUUGUCAGAGGAUAAUAAACAGAAUUUGGUUUCUAAUAAGGAACCUGGGAUGUUUGGAGUAAAUACUCCAAAUGAGGUUCAAACCAUAAGUCAAGUGGAGAAAACUAGUGUUGAGGAAAAAGAAGAUACAUAUCCUGAUAAUAAAAGUCCUGAUAUUAUAGACUUGAGUGUAACACAUACAGAAAAAUGUUCGGAUACAGAUAAUUACAAUGCUACAAUUUCUCCAAGUACAUCGGUAAUGAAGAUGAAUGAACCACAAAUAAAGAAAAACAGGAGGAAAUCGAGCACGAUUUUCCACAACAAAAGGUCUGCAAACAGUGAGAACACAACUGAGAAUAAUCGUAUAUUGUGUGAAUCUUAUCAGCCAAUAUGGGAAAAUGAAUUAUUGUUAUCACCAUCUUUACGCAGUCAGAAAACCAACCACUAUUCUGAUGCAAAAAUUGAUACUUCUAGCAAAUACGAUCUUCGUGAUAUUGUAGACUUAACUGUCCGCGGUGAAAAGGUAGACGAUCCCAUAGAUUAUUCAGCUAAUACACUUCGGUCUUGCAAUAAUGAUAAAGUCAUCGCAAAACCAUCCGAAGUUCGAAAAAAUAUCAGUGAUUUUUCAAUAAACGCAAUCAUAGCUAAAAAAGAACCUGAAAAAAAAGAGAGCAUGGUAAAAGAUUCAACAAUGGCCAUAAAUGCUUUGGGUAAAACUUCUGCCACAAAAGCUUCAUUAAAGAGUUACACAGAUUUUGUGAAUAAACCUGAAACUUUACAUUCAACAUGUAAACCUAUUGAGAUAAGAGCUGCAAAUAUUAAACCUGGAAGUAUGUCUAAUUUUGUUAAAGAUCCUCAAAUCAGUAAUAUUUACUCUAAGGAAGUUUUACAACCAACAUCCAACAUAGAAAUCGCUAGAAAAGUUAUCUUUUCACCUCAGCAAAUUGUUGGUAAAAGCAAGUCAAUCAAGGGUGGAUUAAAAACUAAUAAAGAUUUAUCAAAAAUUAUAGAAAAGAUACCAGAAAAUGUUGUUGGUAUAUCUAUAAAGCAAGCAGAUGAGUUGAACAAACAUGAAAUAAAAUCUAUAUCUUACCUUAAUAAACAAAACCAACAAGCAGUAGAAAAAUUAGAGACUACAAAUGAAGAUAAAACUUUGUUAUUUAAUCAAACAUCUGUUUUGAGUGACAAGAUUGAUACCUUGAAAGACGAUCAGAAAUGUAAUAAAUCAGAUGCUGGUGCAACAAUGUUCAUUCAUGAAUCAGGUUUGAACAUACAAAUUUGUAAUAGUUUACCACCAAGUGAUAUCAAAAUAAAUGAAAAAUCUGAAACCAGAAGAAUUAUACAAAAUAUAGAAGAAAAAAUAAAACGAAUAGAAGUGGAUUGCAAGGAGUCACAUAGUAAAUUAUUGGCAAGAGAAGAAAGAAGAAAGAUUAAUGAAAAGGAAGAACCAUGUAAAAAAGUAAAACAUGAUGCCAAGGAAAAAACUAAAUAUAGUAAAGUGAGUUUAGAUGUUCAAGAUCAUAGCAGAAAUACCUUGACUGAACAGCAUUUUAUUGACAAAGUAUUAUCAAUUGACUUAAGAUCAAAUAGAAAAGAGAAUAUUGAUAAUGUAGUAAAGAACAUCACUACUAAGACAAACGAAUCACUUAGAAAUUAUGUUCUUCAUGAUGAGGGAGCAUGUGGUAAGUUUAAUGAUAUUAUAAAUGAGAGCAUGUUAGAAGAAAUAAAAUAUAUGAUUGCCAAUAAAGAUGACAAUAUAAUCAAAGAAAAACCUAAGAUGACUAAUGAGAAUGUGAAAACAGGCAGUAAUAUUGAAGAUAAGCAAAUUAUAAAGUCAGAAAACACUAGAGAAAUUGAGUAUAAAGAAUCUGAAAAGAAUAUGAGAAAUAAACCCUCUCAAUUGCUGUCUAAGACAAAAAAUGCUGAGGAAAAUAAAUUAAUCAAUAAAACUAUCAUAAAGGAUGAAUAUUCUAAACAAGAAAGCAAGCAAGUGGAAGCUAAUAAGGUAUCCGUGAAAAAGCAAAAUCUGAAUUCUGAGUUUAACCAGCUAAUUAAAUCUGAUAAAUUGGAAGUAAUUGGACAUCAGUUAAAUGAACAAGUAAGUAAAGAAAUGUCUAAAUUCACUGUAGUCAAAAAGAAUGAAGAAAAACAGAUACAACUCAGUAAAGAAAAGUUCAAAACUGCUGAAGUUAAGAGUGAAGAAAAAGAACCGCAAAUCAGCAAAGAGGCAUUCAAAUAUGCUGAACUUGAGAAGAGUGAGGAAAAAGAACCACAAAUAAGCAAAGAAACAUUUAAAGUUGCUGAAGUCAAGGAAAAAGAACCACAAAUGUGCACAGAAAUGCUCAAAUCUGCUGAAGUCAAGAAGGAAAAAGAAGCACAAAUGUGCACAGAAAUGCUCAAAUCUGCUGACGUUAUGAAGAGUGAAGAAAAAGCACCACAAAUCAGCAAAGAAACACUCAAAUCUGCUGAAGUCGAGAAGAGUGAGGAAAAGGAAGCACAAAUGUGCACAAAAAUGCUCAAAUCUGCAGACGUCAAAAAGAGAGAGGAAACAGAAGCUCCAUUGUGUACAGAAAUGCUCAAAUCUGCAGACAUCAUGAAGAGUGAAGAAAAAGCACCUCAAAUCAGCAAAGAAACAUCCAAAUCUGCUGAAGUCAAGAAGCGUGAGAAAAAAGAAGCGCAAAUGUGCACAGAAAUGCUCAAAUCUGCUGAUGUUAUGAAGAGUGAAGAAAAAGCACCUCAAAUCAGCAAAGAAACGUCCAAAUAUGCUGAAGUCAUGAAGAGUGAAGAAAAAGAACCACAAAUCAGCAAAGAAAUGCCCAAAUCUGCUGAAGUCGAGAAGAAUGAGAAAAAAGAAACAUCCAAAUCUGCUGAGGACAAAAAGUGUGAAAAAAUAAAACUUCAAAUUAGCAAAGAAACAUCCGAACCUGCUGAAGUCAAAAAGAGUGAGAAAAAAGAACCACAAAUCAGCAGGGAAAUAUUCAAAUCUGCUGAAGUCAAGAAGAAUGAGAAAAAAGAAACAUCCAAAUCUGCUGAAGUCAAAAAGAGUGAGAAAAUAGAACCACAAAUCAGUAAAGAAACGCCCAAAUCUGCUGAAGUCAAGAAGAGUGAGGAAGAAGUACCACAAAACAGUAAAGAAACGUCCAAAUCUGCUGAAGUCAAACAGAGUGAGAAAAUAGAAGCACAAAUCAGCAAAGAAACGUCUAAUUCUGCUGAGCUCAAAAAGAGUGAGGAUAAUGAACCAGAUAUCAGCAGAGAAAAAUGCAAAUCUGCUGAAGUCGAGAAGAAUGAGAAAAAAGAAGCAUCCAAAUCUGCUGAAGUCAAAAAGAGUGAGGAAAAAGAAUCACAAAUCAGCAAAGACACAUCCAAAAUUACCCAAAAGAGUGAGGAAACAGAACAACAAAUCUGCAAUGUAACGUCCAAAUCUGCUGUGGUCACAAAGGAUGAGGAAAAAGAAGUACAUAUCAGCAAAGAAAAGCCCAAAUCAAUGGUAACCAAGAAGUCUGAAGAAAAAGAACGAAUUAACAAAGAAAAGUCUAAAUCUGCUGCAGCCAAGAAAAGUAAGGAAAAGGACAAUGUAACGAAUGACGUGAAAGUGUAUGGAAAGAAAAAUAAAGCUUCUGCUGAUUUGCCACCUAAAACAGAGGCUGUUCAAUUGCCAAAAGAAAUUGCAUCUAUGAAAAGCAUACAUGAAGUUGAAAAUGUGAAAAAAUUUAGCAUUGAGAAGGAUGUACAAGCUAAUUUCUCAAGCCCUGUUGAAGAUCAUAUUACAAAACAAGAUAAAUCUAAAGUAGAUGAUGAGAAAUUAGUAAAAGUUUUCAAACAAAGCGAACAUGUUAGUAGUGACAAUGCAGUGAAAAAUACUGAGGAAAGUAUCAACAAUCAAAUGAUGAUUCAAACAAAACCUGCUGAUGAAAAUAUUACCAAAGAUACUGAAAUCAUGAGGGAUGAGCCUAAAACAACAAACACAACUAAAAUAAUCUGUAAUAAGCUUUCUAAAAAUAACAAACGUGCAAAUGAAGAAGAUAAUGUGCAAGAUGCUGUUAAAAAAAUUAAGCUGUCUAAGGAAAAUGUGAAAAGUAAGAAAAUAGCUACAUGUAAAAAGUCACAAGGCUCUACAAAUUCUAUUAAAAAUCGAAAUGAGCAGAAAGUCAGUAUUACAGAAACAAGUGUUAAAGCUAUGGUAAAAGAAAUGGAACUUCCUGAACAGCAAAAUGUUGGUGAAACAGUUGACGAAAAUAACAAGAUUUUAGUGGAAAAUAAAAGUAAGGUAAAAGAAGCCAUCACUGUUGAUGUGUCCAUUCAGGAAAAAUCUGUAGAAACCCUCAAAGAAUCUGUGAAAGAGGAAAAUGUAGCACCUGUAAUGAGCUUUGGUAAGAUUGAUGAAAUCAUAAAAAAUAAAUCAAGUAAGGAUAUCGCCAAUCGAGACAUACCAGGUGAGAGUAUAGAUCCCAUUGAGGGUAAAUCUUUUGAUGUUCCCAAUGAACAAAUCAAAGAUUUUGUGAAAGAAGAUAAUAAAGCUGUGAAAAAUAAUGAAAUUAUCAUUGAAGGUUUAACCCAAGUCCCAGUCUCACAACCAGAAGAAGCAGCUAAGGAAAAAUCUAAUGUAGACCUUUUGAAACAAGAAAGUAAAAUGAUCAUGCUGGAUAUUGCAAAAAGAGAUGAAACUGAGAAAAAUAUUUCCAAAACUAUGCAACCUGUUGAGGUUUCAAUGAAAAACAGAACAGAUACUUCAGUUAAGCAAAUGGAACAAGAAACACCAAAAGCAAUUCUUGAUAAGAACUUACAGGAAGAAAGUAAAUCAUCAAAUGAAGGUAGAAUCAUCAAUAAGCAUAAGACUCAUAGAAAUAAAGAAAUUCCAUUUGCCACUACAUCAGAAGGCAGCACCAAAACACCAAUUGAGCGAAAAGUGGAAAAAGUUGAUAAGGCAAAGAUCAAUAAAAUCUCUGUGAAAGAGGAAAACAUGUCUGUGCCGGAUAAAAUCUCAAAGAAGAAUAUCAGUAAAGCAAUAAAAAGUAAUAGACCUUCUGUUGAAAAUACAACAGAAGUUGGUAAUCCAAAAUUGGAAAAGGAUUAUUCAGGAAAGCAUGAUAAAGAUGUGCAGGACAAGGAAAGUCCAAAAUCUACACAAGAUGAUAUUAAAAGUCACGAAACUAAAUCCAUUGUGGAAUGUACCAGUAAUGUAAAGGCUAAAGAACUAGAAAACAUUACAAAAGCAUCGACUGAACAAAAAUUGAAGAAAGAAUCAAAAGAAAACUUUGAUAAAGUAUCAGUUAAAGAAGAUAGUAACCAAUUUAAAAAUGUUAAUGUUGAACUUAUCCUGCAAGGUAAAGAAGAUUCAGAAAAAAUGGUUAAAGCUGGUGCAACUGACAUUAAUAAAUUAUCUAAACAAGAGCAAAAGAAUUCUAAAGAAACAAGGAACAGGAUUCUGAAAGUUGACAAAAACGAUGAUAGAUCCAGGUUAGAAAAUGUUAAAGGAAUUGAAGCUGAUGGAAAAAUCACAAGUAAAAAAUGUGACAGUAAAGAAAAAGAAUUGAAGUCAAGAAAUGAAGAACAAAUUAAAGAAGAUGUCACAAAAAAGGAUAGAAAAAAUAAAAAAAAUUCUAAUGACAAGUCACCGAAACACAACAAGGAUACUAAAUCUGCUGCUGAUUUAGCUUUAAAUGAAGUAACAACUUCUACUGUUCAUUUGUGCAAGGAAAUUAAAAUUAACGAGAACAAAUUGAAGGAUGUUGAAAACAUCACCAAAAUCAAGGAAGAAAAUCUGACUGCUCAAGAAAAUAUAUCUUCUAAUAUCAAACAAAAACAGGUUGAAAGAAGUGAAUCGAAUGCUGAAAAGAAACAUCAAAAUAAAGUUAUUGAAAAUAAAUCGUCAUCUGAUGUAAAAUCCAUAACCAGAAAUGAUAUAUUAGGCAACAAAGAUGCAGAAAAAUCAGCUUCAUUAUCUGAUCCUGCAAAAAAUUUGAAAAAUCAUAUAGCUGCAGCAUUUGAGCGCAUACAAAGAAAUGACAAAAAAUUGUUGUCUGAUAAGAAAAUAGAUAAAAAUGAACAUAAGAGAAACAGAUCAAGUUCUUCCAAUGAUGAAAAAAAUAAAUAUCACACCACGAAUGCCAUUAAAGAUUUGAAAGAUUCUCCUUACAGGGUGCACAUCGUUCACAGAUCGAAAUCAGAUAGAAGUUCAAGAAAAGAUGAAUCUAGCAAAGCUAAAGACAAGUCAGUUGAUCGUAAGAACUCCAGUAGUCAGUCAAGAAAUAGUAAAUACGAUAAGAGCCUGCAGCUUACAAAAAAUUUGGAAUAUGCAGACAUAAACAAGAACGAUGUUUUGACAAAAGUUUCAACAGAGAUUCCAACAUCACCAGUUGAUGCUUUAGGCACAGGGAUUUCUAAAUCGGAUGAGACAACACAAAUUGAUAGCAUGGCUGUCGAUCACACUAAUUUGAAGAAGAUGACACCAACUACUAGAAGACGAAGCAGGGCUAGUGGCGAUAGUAGAAGCAGUUCAACAGACACCUGCUAUAGCGAGAAAAUAUCUAAAGAAGUUCGGAAAGAUGAGUUAUUGAAACAAGUUAGUGAAAAGUUAUCUAAGAAGGAAGAUAAAACUGAUGAAUCAAGCCGUAAAUCAUGUGAUGACCUUGUUAAAAGUAUUGAUAUGCAAACAAAACCAGAUUCAAAGCCAGAAGUUGAUGUAAGACUAAAAUCUGAUAAAUCUCGUGUUAAGCAAUCAUCAUCAACUAAAAAUGUGAAGUCCGGUGAAUCAAUCAAUAAACCGGAUGAAUCUUCUAUUAAAUCUGAUUCUAAGUUAGCAGUUGAUGCAAAACAUAAAAGUGACAAAACUCGCACUAAACAAGCCAGUACAAUAGAUAAAGAUAAGUGUGAUAAAAAUGCUUUGGAUGUUUCUUUUAAGAUGAGUAAUCAUAUCCCUAGAAGUUCAGAUAAAUCAUAUUCUACUGAAGUGAAAAAGACUGAUAAAAAUAUCAUUAGCAAGAAUUCUGGAGACAAUCAAACAAAAAGAGCUUCCGAAAAGAACUCAGAUAGUAAAAAAGACCUAAAAGAAUCAGUAAGUAGCAAGACUUCAAGGGAUACUAAAAGUAAAUCAAAUGCUGAUAAAAAUAAAACCAACUCAAAUAGGCAGAGUGCUAAUGAAAAUUUGAUGCAUGUGGAGAGCAAAGUUGUUAUAACUGAAAUACGAAAAACAGAAAGUUCAGACCAAUCAAAUAAAAGAAGUACCGAACAGCCUAAAUCUAGUAUAGAAAUAAGAACCAGUGAAAAAACCAGUGUUCGAUCGAGAUCGUCCAGAAAUUCUACUGAAUCUAGAAAUAAAAGAACCUUAGAGGAGAAUAUAGUAUCCAAUGAGAUUAUGUGCAAGAAGCCCAAGCUGGACAACUCGAAUGUAGGUACUUCAAAUAAAUGUAAGAUUAAAAUCAUAAAAGGUUCCAAAUCGCAUGAGGCCUUUAUUAAUACCGGUGAAUAUAGUACAAAUAAAACACAGUUAAACGAAGAAGCAAACAAGAUCACUAGUUCCAUUGAUGAAGCAAAUAAUAAGGUGAUUGAAAAAAUAAUAGGGCAUGCCAAGCACCAAACUAUCAGCGAAGAUAAAACCACAGCCCCUGGUCCAGUGUCCUUCGUUCAAAAUUUGGAUGAGCAACCAAAACAUGUGCAAAAAUCAGAACUCAGCAUACCGCAAGUCAAUGAAAUCACAAACUGCUUUUCUGCCGAACUAUCGAACAAUAACCAGACCGCUACCAGUGUUGUUGAAAGUGCAAAUCAUGUAAUGAAUAAGGAUGCUUUAGACGAGGCAAAAAUCAUAGAAGAUUGCUUAAAUUUAUUGACACAAGAAUCAGAUAAAGGCAAUGCAGGAUUAGAGUUAGAAAAGUUGGUUGAUGAAAAUACUAGUGUGGACUUUUCCAACACCAUCGUUCAAGAUAAAUUAACUUUGGAUGACUCUGAUUGCAUGCAGAAAGUUCCUUCAGGAGACAAUUCAGCAGAUAAGUCGAUAUUGGAUAAUGAAACUCUGUUUCCUAAAGAAUUGGUUCAUGAAGUUAUGUCAGCUCUGAAAAAUAUUUCCAACAUUUCUGAAUCUGACAAAGACAUCUUAGAAGGCAUUCAAAAUAGCCCAAGCAUAAAUCAAAUGCCAGUGAUACAGAAAGUUAAUAAGAAGCGCAAGUCUACGGAUUGUGAUGCAGAUAUUGUGAGCACUCAAGGUAAGAAAGUAAAACUAAAUGUGAUGCCCGAUGACAAAGGAAAGACUUUAACAGCGAGGAUUGGUAAAUCUGGCAGCACACUUAAACUUGUUCCUGUAGAACCUAUUCCUAAUUACCCAUCGAUUGCUGAGCCAGCGAAAGAAGUCAAGGAUCAGGAAUGUAAAAUACAAUCACAAUUAGCAACGGUAGUGGAUGCAAUUAUACAGCAGUCGAAUAAAAUACCAGGUUUGGAACGUCGCCGUGAUAGCAACAAAACAACGAUAGAAAAUAUAGAAGAAACGUAUUCUGUAAAGAAGAGUAAAAAGAAGAGAAAACGGGAGAGAAAAUCAGAUGACAAAUUCGAUGUUAUGGAAGACAAUGCUGAGCAUAACGUUGUGGAGAACGUGUUGCAGCACUCUAAUUUUACAGACAGUUCAACAAACACAACAAGUUUCAAACAGUUUGGCUUUCUACUGAAAUCGACGACAAGUCAAAAACCAUAGAUUCUGAAAUAAGUGAAAUGUUACCA